GGGUGAGCCGCUCUGCUCAGACUCAGAGCGGAGGAGUAGCGGAGCGGAACCAUGGGCAAGCUGCAGGAAUUUGACAUUACAUUUACUAACAACAAGGUGGUUUACGGACCGGGGGAGUCCAUUAGCGGAACUGUGAAAAUACGAACCGCCAACUCACUGCAGUAUAAAGCCAUCAAGGUGAACUGUCUGGGCUUAUGCGGGAUCUCCAACAAAAUUAACGACUCUUCAUGGAGUCUGGAGGAGCAGUACUUAAACAGCAUGUUAUCAGUGGCUGAUAAAGGAACCCUCGCCCCGGGUGAGCACAGUUUCGGUUUCCAGUUCGUCCUUCCAGCCGCCAUCCCCACGUCGUUCGAAGGACCCUAUGGGAAGGUGGUUUAUUGCGUGAGAGCGGCCAUCGACACUCCCCGCUUCUCCAAAGACUACAAAGCUCAGAGGCCCUUCUACAUUCUCAACAUGCUCAACCUCAACGAGGUUCCCGACAUCGAACAACAGAGUUGUGCAGUAACAACCAAGAAGUUUAGCUACCUCCUGGUGAGGACGGGGACCCUGAUGCUUAAAACCCGCAGCGACCUGAGGGGCUACAUCCCUGGUCAGGUCAUCAAAUUAUCCACAGAGAUCCACAAUAAGUCCGGGAAAGACACUGGCUACGUGCUGGCGAGUCUCAUGCAGAAAGUGACCUACAGGACCAAGCGGCCGGUCUUCGACCUGCGGACCAUUGCAGAGGUGGAGGGAGCCGGAGUGAAGGCCGGAAAACACGCAGAGUGGAGGGAGCAGAUCAUCGUCCCUCCUCUUCCUCAGUCAGCCCUGGCCUGCUGUCGCCUGAUAGACAUCCAGUAUUUCAUUCAGGUGUCCCUAAAGUCUCCAGAAGCAGUCGUCAUUUUGCCGAUCUUCAUCGGAAACAUCCCCGUCAACUUGUCCCCAGCCAGGUCUAUAGCCACCACUCCCGCCUUGGCGCCGGUACCGUGCGCUGCCGGAGUGAUGCCCAGCGCCCCGCCGGUCGAGGAGGAUCCAGAGGGCGGGCUUUGCGCCGGAGGGUACACCAGCGAGGAGCUUCCCACCAAAAGCCACUCACAGCAGGAUCCCUCAGGUCAACCUGUCACCAUGUCGCCCAGCGCCUUCAGCCACGCCCCGGGCGCAGCGAUGCCACCUUGCAGGCGCCCCGAUGCAUCUGCUCCGCUCUUCUGCUUGUCCACUGGAGCCACCAUACCUUUCUUCACAGAGGGAGAUGUAAAUCCAAUCCCCACCUCCUGUUCUCUCAUCCUUCCCCCAGAAUACAGCAGCUCUGACUACCCUCACGAACCUCCUCCAUCUUAUGAAGAAAGCUGCAGCACUGUGGACUCCAGUAUAAACAGUGGAGAGUAGAGAGGAAGCUGGAAACGAAAUAUCAUGGCCACUAUCUGUAUGCACUCCUUUUUAAAAAAAAAAAAAAAACCCCGGAGACGCUGGAACGAAGGCCUCACCCUGCAGACCCUCUAAGGAUUGUAUCUGUUGAGGAUUUAAAGGGAUUCGUGGUUCCCCUUUAUGUCACAGCUGGUGGCGUCAGACACAACAGGGGAACACCGUGCCUAAAGGAAGUACUCAUCAGAUCAAUAUUUAGUAUAUUCUUUCGCUGGACCUCUUUUAUUCUUUCAAGAGUGUAAAAUCUGUUUUUAUUUCAGUGGAUGGUUACUUCUGUGAUGCCUUUAGACUAAUUGUAGCACCUGAUUGUUUUUGAUUGGACCUCUCAAUGUGACUCUUAUAACAAGUCUGUACAGAUGGGGGUUUGGCUCCCAGCUUUCCUCAUCCUCAAACAGGCAGAGCUGUCUUUAUAGUGGAUAUAAAAAGUAAACCAGGAGCUAAACGUGCCAGUUUCUCUGCUCAAUCCAGUGUCUGACAGCAAAGAGGAGGAAAAGUACAGAAUGUAAUAGAAACCGCUUUUCUGGAGGAUGUUUGAAGAAACUCUGAUUUUCUAGUUUUAUCUCCAUUCUUCUCCACAUUUUGUGGUAUUAGAGCAACAAACAUGAUGAUAUUUAUGUAGGUUUUUCCAUAACAAACCAAACCAAAAGCAGAACAGAACUUUAAAGUGGAAGAGAAAUGACAAAAAUGCUUUUUUUAAAUUAGUUUCAACUCAGUUCAAGUAGAUUGAAUUCUUUUGGCAUCAAAACACACUUUCAAAGUUCUGUCCAAAAAAUUCCAACCCAAAUUGAACUUUUGAUUUACUUCUAAACCUCCCAGAAUGUGCUGUAACAUUUUAGAGUCAUCUGCAUUAACAUAUUCUCUGGUUUUCUGGGAGUUAAUGGAUGUUUUUUCUUCGGUAUUAAGCUACUUUUUCGCACAUUUCUGCACAGUUUUUUUUUUUACAGAAAAUGCCUGAAUUAUAAUCAGUAAGGAUCAACAAGGUUACUAUAAGUUUGAAUAUUAACAGAAAAGCAAUCAACAGAACAAUCGAGCAAAUCUGACUCCAUGAAUAAAAAUUGAGAGGUUAUUUAUUAAACUGAGCAUUUUCAAAAAUUCAUUCUGUCAACUUGUGUUGGUUCAAAGGUAAUUUAUCUGCCAAUAAGCCCAAGUUUUUCUUCAACAAGUCUGAAAAAACCCGAUAGCGCCCUCCUGUGGUCAGUUCUGAUAGAAGCUUUUUGUUAACUGGCCUUCAGAUCUGCAGUUCUCUCAUAUCCGGCCAUCCAAACGGAGUCAUUGCAUCUGUUUGGUCUGCUGUAAUUCACACCAGAUCAGGGUUUCUGCUGUGGUCUUGUCCUCUGAAGGAGCCUAAAGGUCAUUUUGGUUGCCUUAACGCUUAUCUAGUGUAGAUGACAAUGUAAAUGUGCACAAUUGCAGCACUUUCUGAGAGUUUGAGUGCAUGAAUUCAGAGGAAGCACCUGAAUAUAUGUGUGUGUGUCUGUGUGUGUUUUAGGGGUGAAAAGAUAGUCGAUAAAAAAACUAGAUGCUGAGCUUUUUUCCUGCUUUAAAUUCCAUUUUAACCUGCUGCUGUGUCAUCCUCUAGUGUUAAACUGUUUACUUUUCCUCUUGUUUUAUUCCCUGCUUUUAUAAAUCAUUUUCUUUGAAAAAACUCCACGACAGAUAUUGGCUCAUGUCUGCAACCGGCAUUUGCAGAUAGAACAUGUCUGUUGUAUUUUUGCACAUUAAAAAUCUUUAUUUUCAUGGUAUUCAUAAGAGGGAAAAGAAAGUAAAAUGUAAGACUGAUUGUUUAUUAGUUUUUUUCUGUUGUUUAGAGGAAAUGUCUCUAUCUGUACUGCUGAUUGCUUAUCAAGCAGGUCUACUAUGCUGUCAAAACAGGGUUCCUUCACGCAAUUUACAAAUUAUGGAAACAAAUGAAACUUGUUUUAAACAUUUUAAUAAAUCUGGAUAGGUAAAAUAAGUCUGAAUAUCCGUAAUAUUCUUUUUUUUUUAAAUAAUAAAACAUCACCAUUAGAUCUAGAUUAGUUGUUUUCAAACAUACCAUGUUUAAUAGAUUUAUAGAAAAUAACAAAACCUGAACCUAAACCGAUAUUUAAAAGGAGAUUUAACUUCCUUCUGAUAAGACGUUUGUAUUUAUGGUAACCUAUAAAUAGUUUUAUUGUUGUACCAUCUCUCCUGUUCGCUAUCGCUAUCAUGACACCGAAGGAUCCGUUUGUAACAAUAGAAUUUGACCUCUUAUAUCGAGAUUUGAGGAACAUUUUAUUAUUUUUCACAAAAGAUAGCUCAGGAUCAUAUUACCUUAAGAUGAUGUGGUCAAAAUGGUAAAGUGAUUAAAAAAGCUUAACAUUCAUACAUGUCAGGAUAAAAUAUUGCAGGGAACGGGGCUUGAAGUUGGUAGCUUAUCAUAAAUAUUUGCUCAAGACACUGAGUUAACAAAUUAGGUAUGAAACUAUAAACCCUUAUUUGCUUAAAAGCCUUCAUCAUAUUAUUUUUUUCCUAAUUUAACUGUUGUUGGGUCAUAAAGGGCUUUUUCUUUAUUGUCUCUAAACUUUGAGUGAAAAAUUAAGGAUCUUUGUGUCUUAUCUGAGAAUAAUUGCACAGUGGUUAUGAAGCUCAAGAUCAUGAGAUAAUUGUCAUAUAUAAGAAUUGGUGCAUGAUUUUUUUGAUGAUAAAUAACCUCAAGAAAGUGAGGUUGAUGUGAUUAAAGGAGCUUGAGGUCCAGGAUUCUUGA